CCAAGUGGAAGAUGAGUCCUCUCAUUUGGAUGAAAUGCCACUAAUGAUGUCAGAAGAAGGCUUUGAAAAUGAUGAGAGUGAUUACCACACUCUGCCAAGAGCCAGAAUUUCUCAGAGAAAGAGAGGCUUAGAGUGGUUUAUCUGUGGUGGCUGGAAAUUCCUUUGCACUAGUUGCUCUGAUUGGCUCAUAAACAUUUGCCGAAGAAAGAAAGAGCUGAAGGCUCGCACAGUGUGGCUUGGGUGUCCUGAAAAGUGUGAAGAAAAAUAUCCUAAAAAUGCCAUAAAAAAUCAAAAAUACAAUGUCUUUACCUUUAUACCUGGGGUUUUAUAUGAACAGUUCAAGUUUUUCUUGAAUCUCUAUUUUCUCGUCGUGUCCUGCUCACAGUUUGUGCCAGCAUUGAAAAUAGGCUACCUGUACACAUACUGGGCACCUCUGGGGUUUGUUUUGACGGUCACAGUGGUACGGGAAGCAGUUGAUGAAUUUCGACGUUACAAGAGAGACAAAGAAAUGAACUCACAGUUAUAUAGCAAGCUGACAGUACGAGGUAAAGUCCAAGUUAAGAGUUCUGACAUACAAGUUGGAGACCUCAUCAUAGUGGAAAAGAACCAACGAAUCCCUUCUGACAUGGUAUUUCUCAGAACAUCAGAAAAAACUGGUUCAUGUUUCAUUCGAACUGACCAGCUUGAUGGAGAAACAGAUUGGAAACUAAAGGUUGCUGUCAGCUGUACCCAAAGAUUGCCAGCGUUGGGAGAUCUCUUUUCAAUCAAUGCUUAUGUUUAUGCCCAGAAGCCACAGCUGGAUAUUCACAGUUUUGAAGGUACCUUCACACGGGAAGACAGUGAUCCAGCAGUUCAUGAAAGCCUUAGCAUAGAAAAUACAUUAUGGGCAAGCACUGUUGUUGCUUCAGGAACUGUAAUUGGUGUUGUCAUUUACACAGGGAAGGAGACUCGAAGUGUAAUGAACACAUCCAAUCCAAAAAACAAGGUUGGCUUACUGGACCUGGAACUGAAUCAACUGACCAAAGCCCUAUUUUUGGCUUUAGUUGCACUCUCAGUUGUUAUGGUAACCUUGCAAGGAUUUGUAGGCCCAUGGUAUCGCAACCUUUUCCGGUUCCUCCUCCUGUUUUCCUAUAUCAUCCCUAUCAG